AGAAUUUCGAACGAUUCAUUUUGCAGUCAUCCUUUCUAUGGGGAUACAUAUUCUCAUCAGUGAUUGGAGGUGCCUUGGUAGACAGAUACGGAGGAAAGAGAGUGAUGGCAUGGGGUGUGGCCAUGUGGUCUUUGGCAACUCUCCUCACUCCAUGGGCUGCCAACCAUUCCACCACCAGCCUCUUGGCCGUUCGCGCCUUCUUUGGACUCUCUGAAGGUGUAGCCCUCCCGUCCAUGAGCACCCUCUUAUCAAGGUGGUUUCCGAGCCAUGAAAGAGCAAGUGCAGUUGGAAUCUCUAUGGCUGGAUUUCACCUCGGCAAUGUUGUUGGCUUACUACUAACUCCAGUUAUGUUGUCAACAAUGGGACUUUCCGGUCCCUUUAUUCUCUUCUCCUCCAUUGGACUGCUUUGGCUGACAAUAUGGGCAUACACAGUCACAAAUGAUCCAAGUGAGAGUCGUUACAUCAGCAACUCGGAGAUCCGAUUGAUCCAAGCUGGUAAAUCUGAUUCUCCAAAAAAAGGUGGAAAGCUCCCAUCUAUGCGGCUCCUGUUUUCAAAAUUUCCAACUUGGGCCAUUAUUUGUGCCAACAUAACUAAUAAUUGGGGGUACUUUGUUCUGCUCUCAUGGAUGCCGGUUUAUUUUAAGACGGUAUUUGGUGUAAACUUGAAGCAAGCUGCAUGGUUUAGUGCUGUUCCAUGGGGAUCAAUGGCAAUUUCCAGUUACAUUGCUGGUGCAGCAUCGGAUUCAUUAAUCAAGGCUGGCUACUCGUUGACUACAGUUCGAAAGAUCAUGCAGUCUAUUGGUUUCAUCGGGCCUGGAGUGUCAUUGCUUGGCCUAAACUAUGCCAAAACACCCGAAGCUGCAGCGGUACUCCUCACAGCAGCCUUGUGUUUGAGCUCUUUCAGUCAAGCCGGCUUUCUCCUUAAUAUCCAGGAUAUAGCGCCACAAUCCGCUGGAUUUCUCCAUGGGAUUACAAAUUCAGCCGGGACAGUGGCGGCGAUAAUCAGCACGAUAGGAACUGGCUAUUUUGUACAAUGGUUAGGAUCGUUUCAGGCAUUCCUAACGGUCACUGCAGGGCUAUAUUUCGCGACGACAAUCUUUUGGAACCUAUUUGCUACUGGAGAGCGCGUCUUCUAGACCAAAAUUUCCAUCAGUUUGCGCAAGUAAAUCAUUAGCUUACGUUUGUUGGUAAAUGUCCGAUGUUUAUGUUAGGCUAGGAAACAGAUGAACAUAAAAUAUUCACUUGGGAGUUCAAAAUUUAGGGUCAUUUGAUCAUGUAGAGUUCAGCUUUUGAUUAUGCAAAAUGUUUGUCUGAAGUGCUUCUGUAUUGCAUUUGUUAUUUUCCAUUGCUCUUAAGUUGUAUAUUUGUAGGGUAGUGUUAUCCACACACUCAUUUUUACUUCUCAUAUAUUUUUUCAAUUUUCGGUCGUU